AUCAUCGGUGGCUUGCUCCUGUUUGCCAUCGCCGCGAUCGUGCUGCUCCGCUGCCUCCUCCGCCGCGGGGCGUCAUCGUCGUCGUCGCGUCCGGGACGCAUGGCGGAGGUGGAGCAGGGAGAGGCGGCGAGGAGGGCCGGCGUGGCGGGGAGGGAGUUGGCGGAGGCAGGGGAGGCCACGAGGACCGCCGCGGCGGGGACGGAGCAGGUGGAGGCGGAGGCUGGGGCGGCGAGGAGGAUCGCGGCGGCGGUGAGGCGGGGGGAGGCGCCUUCGGCGAGGGAGCGGCAGGAGGUGGAGGUGGAGCUGCGGGGGGCAGGCGCGGGCGACGGCGGCAUGGAGCGCCUGAUCGCGUCGCUGCCCCUGUUCACCAUGGCGUCGGCGCUGGCGGCGCUGCCAAAAAACUCCCCCGACUGCGCGGUCUGCCUCGCGGCGUUCGAGCCCGACGCCGGGCUGCGGCUGCUCCCGGCGUGCCGCCACGCGUUCCACGCCGCCUGCAUCGACGCGUGGCUCCGCACCAACCCGGUCUGCCCGAUCUGCCGCAGCGCCGUCUCGUUCCCGCUCCCGCCCCUCCCCGCCGCCGCGGGCCAGGAGCCGCUCGGCUCGCGGGCGGGCAACAUGAGCUUCCGCGUCGAGCUCGGCAUCAGCAACCGCCGAUCCUCCUGCGCCGCGGGCGGCGACGACCCCCGCCGCACCUACUCGCUCGGCGGCUCCUUCGACUACCGCGUCGACGAGGAGGUCGAGGCCAUCGUGUCCCGCAUCGUCCGCCCCGCGGCGGCCAGGCCGAGCACCGCGGCCCCAGCGGCGCCGGCUGCCCCCGGCGAAGCUCUGGCGGAGGAGGUGGGUUCCCGCGGGUGGCUGGGCGAGUACCUCGACCGCGUCGCCACCUCGGCGUCGUCCCUCUCCGGUCGGUGGAGCGAGCGGCUGAGCCAGGGCCGCCGCAGCCACAGCCUCCGUCACGACGACUCGUGGCGCCGGGAUCCGGCGGCGGCUGCGGCCAAGUCGGCGACGCCAGCCGCGGUGGCAGCCCCCGGCGAAGAAGCCCUGGCGGGGAGGCCGGGAGAGCACCGCGACCGCGACAACCUCGCCCCCUCCGCGUCCGCGUCGUCCCUCUCCGGGCGGUGGAGCCGGCGCUGGAGCCAGGGCCACCGGCGCGACGAGUCCUGGCGGUGGGACCCGGAGGCGGCGUGCCGCGCGCCGCGGGAGGAGAAGCGGGAGCCGGCGCUCGUGGCCCUGGGCCGGUGGAUCUUUGGCUUCUAGCACGAUCGUUAAAGGACGCGCUUCGAGUUAGGUUACGGAAACCCAACGGCUAAGCCUGUUUAAGCUCUCUUUAGCUUGUUUCCUAGCUUAUAAUUGAGCUUUAGCUCAACGCCUGUUUCUAUAAAGCCUAUGUCAUGCUUUGUACUAAUUGAACUAAUUACUUACUCGUUAUCACUAGAACAGUUUCUGCAAAUUUGGCAGGAGUUUCAUCUCAACUUUCUCCGCAGCAUCAAGAAAAACAGCAGAGAGAAAAAAAUAUUGCUUCUUAGCGUUAA